UUCAAGCUAGUGACCUGCGGCGGGACGUGUAUGUCUGAGCGGCUUUUAACAUGUGAAAAGAGGAAACUGACGGAGUAACUUCAACAUUUUCAUCAAGAAAGCGCCGAGAAAAGUUUUAUUGAGGACAGAAGUCGGCGGGAGGAAAGAAGUUGUCGAAGUCGCUCCAGAGGCCUGAGUGCCAUGCCAGAGGGGUCCCAUUCUGCUCUCCACCAGGGCCCAAUGGGGGAAGAAUCUCCUCAGUUGUCCUCGCCCCUCUCCACCAGUGAACCUGACCAGGUAAACGUUGACUUGGGCUCAGAUUGUUACAGCCGGCUAUGUGUGGAGCCACUGGAUGGAGAGGGUGAACGUCCAGUGAGCCUGGUGUCCACCCUGUCCUCUGAUUCAUCCCGGGAUAGUCGCAGCCUUUUUGGGAGCACCGUAGCCCUUCCUUCCUCUACCACCCCACCCGUACAGAGCGAGGAGGACAUUGACCUGGAGCUGAGCCCAGCCGAAGGCACCGGAGAGCAGGCAGGGGACGGGAGUCCCACCCUCACAGGCUCCAGGGGCCGCUGGCAGGAACGGCUGGAGCCCAGGGUGAUCAGCCACCAGUGGAACAACAACGCCACGUCCAACAGGAAGGCAAGUGGCGAAAUACCUCGCAUCACCGACUCGCCUGUCGUCACGCACGCCAUGGCGCCCAACCCAAAGCUGACCUAUGUGGACCGAGUUGUCAUGGAGAUCAUUGAGACAGAGCGCAUGUAUGUCAAGGACCUGCGCAGCAUUGUGGAGGAUUACUUGGCUCACAUUAUUGAUUUGAGUAAUCUUCCCAUACAUCCAGAGCAAGUUUGGGCCCUGUUUGGAAACAUACAGGACAUCUAUGAGUUCAACAGUGAACUGCUUCAGUCCUUAGACAUGUGUGAGAACGACCCUGUGGCCGUCGCUCGAUGCUUUGUAGAUAAGAGUGAAUAUUUUGAAAUAUACACUCAGUAUUGCACCAACUACCCCAACUCAGUGGCAGCACUGACCGACUGCAUGAGGAGUAAAACUUUGGCCAAGUUCUUUAGGGAGCGGCAGGCUGCUCUGAAGCGCUCCCUACCCUUGGGCUCCUAUCUACUAAAGCCAGUCCAAAGGAUCCUGAAGUAUCACCUGCUGCUUCAGGAAAUUGUGAAGCACUUUGACCCUGACGAGGAGGGCUAUGAGGUGGUUCAGGAAGCCAUAGACACCAUGACCGGAGUGGCCUGGUAUAUCAACGAUAUGAAGAGGAAACACGAACACGCUGUACGAGUGCAGGAGAUACAGUCUCUUCUGAUAAACUGGAAGGGUCCUGACCUGACCACCUAUGGGGAGCUGGUGCUGGAGGGCACCUUUCAUGUCCUGCGGGCGAAGAACACUCGUACACUCUUCCUCUUCGAAAAGAUGCUCCUCAUUACCAAGAAAAGAGGGGAGCACUAUGUAUACAAGACGCAUAUCUCGUGCUCCACCCUAAUGCUACUUGACAGUGCCAAGGAUCCCCUGCUCUUCAGUGUCAUCCAUUUCAAGCAUCCGAAGCAACCCCAUACAGUGCAGGCCAAGUCAGUCGAAGAGAAGCGUCUCUGGGCCCAUCACAUCAAGAGGCUCAUCCUUGAGAACCACAACACCAUCGUCCCACAGAAGGCAAAAGAGGCUAUCCUGGACAAUUCUAACUAUCCAGGGAAGUACCACUAUAGUCCUGAGAGGCUCAAGAAAGCAGAGUCCUGCCAAGCUGAUGACUUCCAUCUUGGAGGGCGAAAUGGGAGAAGGAGAUCAGAGCCUGCAAAACAAAUCAUAAGGAGCACAAAAGCUGUUUUGAAGCAUGCAGACAGUGAGGGUGCACUGCUGGGGGAGCGAUGCUCCCUACAGCCUGCCACUAGUGUCAGUACGCUGGCCUCCAGUCUUGGCGAGCCCCAGGCUGAGAGGCCAUGUGUGGAGGAUCUGAUUCCCAGAAGGGAGUCUCUGGAGCAGCUAAGUCCUACUGACAGUGACCUGAAACUGGGCUCUUCACCCAGUGAGGGGGGGCUGGAGAAGGCAAAGGAAGAGGAGGAGGAGGAGGAGGAGGGGGAGAGUUACAAGGAAGAUAUACUGAUGGGAGAGGACCAGGUAGCCGACUUUGCCAGCUCAGUACUGGCAGCCAUCUCCUGCUGGCACUAUAGAGCCAGGGCUUUGCUUUCUACUCACUUCACAACGGACGAUCAGACCAGAGAUCUGGCUGAACUAAAAAGUACACCGACAGAGGAGGUAGAAACUCACAGGCAGGAGGAAAAACAUGUGGAUGUGGCUGUGAAAGAAACUGACGCCACACAGGUCACUGUGGAGGAGCUGUACACUCUAGACUGCGUCCCUCGAGAAAACAAAAGGGAUGAGCUGGAGGAGCAUUGUUACCCACGCCCUGAGUCUCCUGUCUCCCCUUUGCAACAAGAAGCAGACACACCAGAACCUCAGGAUACCUCAAGAGAAACUGGAGAAGAGGAAGAAGGGGAGAGUGAUUCCUCUGGUCUCCAUGUGGAGGAGACAAGUGUACUGACCAACGGGGAGCUCUCAGAGGAGGAAGAGGAGGUGCUUUCAGACAAUAAAAGCAUCCUACCUUCCUCUGUAUUGGACCAGGCAAGUGUGAUAGCUGAGCGCUUCGUCACCAGCCUGUCCAGGCGGAGCAGUCUGGUUUCAGAGGACUUGGGGUCCCUCGCCUGCCCGUCGCCAUCAAUAGAUAAUGACGUCUUCAAAAGCCCCUCGGCGUGCAUGGACUUGGAGCAACAGACUGAAAUGUUUGCCAGCUCUUCCCCAGAGCCUCAGGUGACCUCAGAGGCCAAUCUGUCAACACCUGCACAGGAUACUGCACUAAAUGCCCUUAUUGAAGCGGAACGCAGGUCCACUCUGUCUAAACAAGAUCGCCUCCUCAUCCGCAAGAUCAGAAGAUACUACGAGCACGCCGAACACCAAGAUGCUAACUUUAGCAUCAAGCGCAGGGAAAGUCUCUCCUAUAUCCCAGCAGGUCUGGUCCGGCACCUGAGCCGACAGCUUAACAGUACUCCCCAGGAGCAGGCAGUCCCAGUCCACAGGAAAGGCCUCUCUCGGAACCGCCCCACUUCCUGGGCUGUGUUCGACCUUCCUGGUUUGGAAAAGAGUCGCAACAUUGAUGCUCAUCAAAAGACUGAACCACAGAGACCAGCGGAAGCCAAGGCUAGAUCUCAGAGCAUCACUGAUGCCUCCUCGACCACAGAAGAAGAGUUCAGACCCUCAUCAGACAUGCAAAAGGUUUGGCGAGACAUGGAGAUGCACGAGGAGAGCCAGGAAGUCCAGCACAUCGCAGAGGAGAAACUUAGUGACUCAAGAUUAGAGGUGACUCAAGAUACCAGUUCAGAGUCUUCGAGUGUUAAAACCAGUAGGCAAACACCUCCUGUUUUAGAGGAGUUGGAAAUAGGCACUACCUCAGAUUGCUCCUCCGUCUCAUCUCCGACCACAACCUUUCCAGCAGUGGAGGGGGGAUCCUGUCAGGACUCUGCGUCUCAAGACAAGAGCCAAGUCAACCAAGGCCAGCUACCCAAGAUCAUUAGCUUCCGAACAAGUAUGGACGAGGACCAGAUCCUACAAGACAUGGGAAAAAUGAAAAACAAGGUGUUCCAGCUAGCACGUCAGUACAGUCAGCGCAUCAAAAAUAACCGACCAAUAGUUUGGCAGAGGAGCCGAGAAAGAGCAAAUCAGCAGAGCUUCAAGAAUAUGCCUGCUGUCCUCGAGGAGAAGACGCAACUGAAGAAAAAGGGUAAACCCAACCUGAGGUUGCCAUUGAGCGCAUGCAAUCAGGCGGUCAUCCGUGAAGAGCGUUCCCCAAGCCCGGUCCACACGCCCAGUUCAGGAGCCAGCUCCCAGAGCACAGUUACCUGCCCGCAAAGCCCUCUGGCAGAGACCGAGAGCUUCCACUGGCCUGACGUACAGGAGCUGCGCACCAAAUACACAGACACCUCCCGUUCCUCAAAACUAACCCGUGCCUGCACAGUCCCAAACGGGAUGCUAGAGUGCUGCACAAACAGGUGUAAUGGCUGCUCACACAAGUACAACAGCUCCUCUGACCUUCAUAAUGCUGUGACAGACUGUCCGAGGACAGAAACAGCAUACAAGGAAAGGUGUCCUGUGGGAGAGGACUGGCCCCAGCCUCAGCUUCAGCCCCUGCUGUGCAGGUGGAGCUCCUUGGACCACAUGCUCGGGUCUCUUCCACUCCAUGAAGUACAAAACCUUCAGGAGCCUGCAAGGACUUCAUACACAGCCAGUCAGCUGUCUCUGGUAAUGAGAGAAACUGGCAAAGAUGGGGAUAAUGUUCUCCAGGAGGGCACGGGCUGCACCACAAAGUCUGCCGCCCUAGGGAAAAUGACAGAGAGUAAUCUAGUGAAAAGCUUACGAGAGAAGUUCCAGAGCUUGACCACAAGCUCAUGAACAUGUGAAUUAUGUAUAUUUUUAUGAUCAGGGACUUUCACGUGGAAACUGCCAGUUACCUGAUACUUCACAGCUUCCCUUUUUUCCCGUCUCAGUAUAGGGAUCAUGGUGAUGAUGUUGACUAGUGAAACACAAAGGGAUGUUAUUGAUCAUUGGUGCGUUCCAUUGGAGGAAAGCAUAUUGACUUAAAAAAAAAGUUGUAUUGCAAUAUUUGUACAUUGGGUACUUGCCUGCACUGUACAAAACAAGUUUUAUGUAAAAAUGUGUAUAUUGUCCCCCGUAUCAAUUGAAGAUUAGGUUCUACUUUAUUUGGUUCCCUCCCACUGUUGGUGAUUCUUGCUAUAACCACUAUAGCACUUUUAUCAUUUAACCACAUAAGCUGUUAGCAGGAGUUUCAGGGGAAAGCAAAAGGAGCUAAAUUGUCAUUCACAAGAGAGCUGUGCUGUUAGCAAAGUCUCUGAGCAUACACCAAAGAGGGUUUCCUGUUAACAUUUGUUGACUUUUAAUGCAUGUGGUCACAGCAUUAAUUUGCUUCCACGUUUACUGUAGCUGCUUCUAAAACUGUUUUCACAUACUGUAUCACUGGAGCUUUAUUGCUAUCAAUAAGUUGUAUAUUUUCUUAAAUAUUAUUUAUGAAACUGUAUAUUUGGGAGAGAUUGGCCUCAUGUAAAUACUGACCCGCAGCAAUCCCUUUUUACUUUUCCAUUCCAGAAAAUAUAUUGUUUCAUACUUAAAGUUUCCCAUAUUUUCAAUAAAAAGAAAAAUGGUAAAUGUUCACAUAA